UGAGGCAGAUGAAAUAUGGAGCUAGAAAAGGAAAUCCUGUCGGUCAGUCCCCCACCCUCUCACACCUCCCAGGUCCCCCAGAGGGUGAGGCUGAAGAAGAGAAUCAACCUGCUCCAGGGUGUCUCUGUCAUCGUCGGAAUCAUCAUCGGCGCAGGCAUCUUCGUGUCCCCCGUGGGCAUCCUCAGGAACGUCAAGUCAGUGGGACUCUCGCUCGUCAUGUGGUUAGUGUGCGGGGUCUUCAACACCUUGUGCGCCCUGUGUUACGCUGAGCUGGGUACCACGAUUUCGGCGUCAGGCGGCGAAUACGCAUACGUGAUGAAAGCGUUCGGGGAUUUUCCCGCCUUCGUCUGCCUGUGGAUCAACUGCCUGCUCAUCUGCCCAGUUGGACUCGCCGCCUCCUCGCUCAUAUUUGCCACCUACAUUCUGCAGCCUAUAUUCGACAGCUGUGAGAUUCCACCGAUUGGGAUUCGGCUAGUGGCAGCCAUUAUUAUCAUGCUACUGAUUACAGUAAACACCUUCAACGUGAACUGGGCAACUCGCGUACAGGUGAUCAUCACGGGGAGCAAGCUGAUAGCCUUAGCAAUGAUCAUCAUCAUUGGCUUCGUCUGGAUUGGCAAAGGUGACGUCACUAGUUUUUCCAACAUGAUGGACGGGAGCGAUUUCGCCGCGGGGUCCAUUGCACUCUCCUUUUACUCGGGAUUCUGGGCGUUCGGAGGAUGGAGCUACCUAAACUUUCUUACAGACGAACUCAUUGAUCCCCACAAGAACCUGCCUCGGGCCAUCCUCAUCUCCAUGUCUAUAGUGACCGUAGUCUACCUGGUGGCUAACGUGGCCUAUUUCGCCGUCCUCACUCCCGUGGAGAUGCUCCAUUCCUCCGCAGUAGCUGUGACAUUUGCCAAGACGACGAUUCCUGUUGUAGCUUGGAUAAUGCCUGUUCUCAUCGCCCUCUCUGUCAGCGGCUCUAUCAACGGAAUUGCACUAUCCAUGUCACGGUUGUUUUGGGCGGGCGCUGUGAAGGGACAGUUUCCUGUCAUCAUAGGAAUGAUUCACUACAAGAGGCUUACGCCAUCUCCCGCUUUGCUGGUCAUGCUUGUUUUGACUCUGCUACUGCAGUGCUUCGGUGAUAUUUUUUUCCUUAUCGAGAUGGAGGGUUUUGCCUUUGCUGCCAUUCUAUCUAGCGUGUUUGCUGGACAAGUGUACUUACGAGUCAAGCAGCCUGAUUUGGUCAGACCAAUAAAGUUACCCCUCGUUCUUCCCACCAUUCUCGUGGUCAUAUGUUUAUCCAUCUGUGCACUGACCGUCUAUCAGAAGCCAUGGGAAAGUGUCGGUGCUAUUGGUGUCAUGAUGGUCAGCCUUCCCGUGUAUAUUUUCGCCGUCAAAUGGAAAAACAAACCCAAAUCCGUCGUCGAUAUAUUGGAAAAUACAACAAAAUUGCUCCAAAAACUUCUGAUGGUGGUCAUGACUGAAUCCGACGGGGAAGUGAAGUAAAGUGAAGGAAGCAACGAAUUAGCAACGCUUAGGAUAUCCCCUCUAUGCCCUUCCUGAGUACCCAACCAUUCAACAAUCUAAUGGGCUAUUGUUUCGUCCCGGAAAGUAAUUCCAUGCAAAGGUUUUUUGAGGACAAAACCAAUUUAUAUAAGAUUUACUGGUGGAAGAAACGACUGUGUCCAGAGUACAUACCACCGUACUUUGGUCAGGCAAAUCUGCUGACUAAAUUUAUUUAUUUAUUUGAUUGGUGUUUUACGCCAUACUCAGAAUAUUUGAAUUAUACGACGGUAGCCAGGAAUAUAAUAAGAGGAAACCGAGCAAAGUCCGCGGCAAACCACGUCUGGAAAUGAAGUCAACAUGAACUCACAGCGACAGCAUUACUUAGAGUUAUCUAAAACUGUGCUACGCAAUCACGCCAAUCACUAAACCACGGAGGUCACCUUCUGAUUCAAAGUCACGACUGAACCAAAAGAACAUGUUUCCAUUAUGCAACCUUAUCCGCCAAGAGUAACGCCUUAGCCUAACAGUUAAUGACUUUCCUUUCGUAUGUUUCAACAUGUGAAAGGUAACACUUUGAUCGAAUCGCUUCCAAUACAGGAAUAUUAAUUAUUGUAUUCACUUGGUGAGAAAAAUAUAAGAGUUUUAAAAAUAAAGGUUUUGUUUUUGCAAUGAAAUGCCAGAGAUAUAUGUCUGGAAAAAGGAUGUCCACUGUUUGAGUAUAAGGCCCUCAGGCUAAUUUCAAUCCUCUAUUUUCCAGGUCAUAUUAUUACUAAUUUGUUGAAUAUUUCUUUCUGAGCAAGGUAAUUAAAAAUGAUCACAUGGUGAAGGCUUUUAUUAGACGAGUCUAUACAGUAGAUUUCAUGUAUAAAUGCAGGUUGAAACCUUUCCACGCUCUAUGUUAUCUGUUUGAAAGAUUGUGAUAUGCUACACAGUUACUUUGGGAUUAACAGUUUAUACUAUUAUAGCUGUAGUUUUAACUGAGGCUUGAUGACAAAUGUAUACUGGGACUGAUAUCUGAAAUCAGUUUUGUAUUCGCAGGAGUUCAUAUUCUGUAGUCAAAUCCUGUGUAGGCAUUUGUACGCGAUUUCUAGGUUCCCGGCAGAAAUAAAUUGUCACACUGAAGAACGUUUGUGUAUGUUAUG